AUGUCGUCCUCAGCGCCCUGCCCCGCGCUGCAGACUCCAAGACCUCGACGAAUCCGUGAGUCGCGCUACGAGGAUGUCAAGCGCUUCGUAACGCCCUUGUCCUAUCGCAUGAAGAAGGCAAAGCAAGACUCCGAGGCCACGGAAAGCACGGGAGUCGGACAGGAUGAUGUGGGCAGCGAAGACGACAAAGACGCAAAAGAAGUCGCUCCAGCGAGACCAGGGAAGGCUGCAUCCGGGAAGGAGACUUCGCGGCAGAAUGAAGCGAGUCGCAGACGAGGGACUGAAGCAAACGUGAAGAUGGUCAACAGGCCUGGCAGAAUGACAGCGACUGCUGCUGUGCCAGGUAGCCAAGUUGGACAGAGUCCUCGGGUAAGGGAGGUCUCACAACCAAACAGUGAGGCCUCAACCUUGUCCCGGAGAGCUUGGAUGUCCACAUCGGGAGCUACCGUUGCACCUGUUGUAGCCACUCCUCGAAGAACGGCUGGUGGGCCGGCCAGGAAGGUGCGAGCGACGGUCGUGCCGCCACCUUCCUCGCCAGGGCAAGCGGCCGCGAAAGAUCUCUCUGCGACGGCACCACCGGCACCACCCUUCAGGAUGGGCGCCUACACCGUGGCCGUGCCAGUCCGAUUGCCUGCUCGGAGUCAGUCGCCCUCGAGAUCGGCCCACCAAACGCCAGACAGGCCCUGUGCAGUGGCCGUGGCCACCGCUUCAGCUACACCUACAGUGUGCUCCGUCCCUCUUGGCCCCCUCGGCAGGUGCAGCUCGUGCGAGCCACCCAAGCUGCGGCGUGUCACUGUCACGCAGUCCUGCUCCGCACCAUCGCUGUUCCCACAGCCGCCUCUGCCCGCCGAAUCCCAAUCGCUGGCGCAACUUGUUAUCCAGCAGCUGAACGGUCCGGCUCGGCAGGAGCAGCGCUGCUCCGUCGUGCCACAGCAUGCAAUCCCGCGGCAGCUACAGAGUUCCACGGCCGUGCCCGCAGAACACGCCGUCAAUGCUGCAGCCACCACUCAACAGGUCCACCUGAAGGACUUCAAGCCCCUUCUAAGACAACUCUUUGAAGAGGAAAGUUCGCAAACACAGUCGGCCGAGCAGCUCCAAAGCAAGAUCGACCAGCUGCAGGCUCUACAGCAGAUAUUGCAGGUGCAACAGCGAGGCCUCAAACAGCAGCAGCAGGCGCUGCAGCGGCCGGAGGCCAAAGCCGCUCGAACUGCAUGUGCCCUCCUGGCAUCGUGUAGCAGUGAGGUUUCAUGUACAGAUGCCGACGAAUGCGCGUAUAUUGAGUUUGGCGGUUAUGGUGAAGGUGAAACGUUGACUGGGAAGUGCAGAUCUGGGGCAUCCCUCAUCAAGAAUGCGAAGCCCACGCGAGAUCGGGCGCUGAAUCUCGGGGAAGCGAAGGAACUGCUCAAGGCCUUCCGAGAGAUCGCAAGCACAAAGGACUUUCAGAAGACUUUAGGCAACAUACACAAGCAAGGGUCGGAAGCGGUGCAGAGAAUGCAGCCCAUGUUUGUUGGCCAGUCCUUUAAUCGGACGAUGGCAAUGUAUGAUUUUCCGCUCACAACGGAAGGGUACCAGGACAUGGCACGUGGCGUCAGCAAGCAUUCGUGGAAUAUCCAUGUCAAAGCUCAAGCUCACGAGGUUGAGCGCUUGCUGAGAAUGCCACCCGGAGCUUUCUUCGGGAUACCUGGAGAGCCUGGCCAGGAGCAGGAUUUCCCUCCUCUUCCGGAGGACGAGACCAGCAAGACUCCAGCAAAGGUGCCACCACGACAGGAGCCUCUACCGCCAAAGUCGAAAUCGCGGCAGGGCAUCGAGGUGCUGGCCCGACAUGCAGUUGACAAUGCAGAGGUGCGAGUGGCACUUCCGUAUGACGCCACUUUCUUUGACUGCAAGCAGGCGAUAUCCAAAUUUCUGGGUCGCGACGAGAUCCUGCGCAAGGGCAGGCUUGUGCAGAAAAAAGGAGGCGUCUAUUCAACCUACAAGGAUGACGAUCCCAUCGGAGACGUUCGUCAGGUUUUAGUACUGGGUGCUGAUCUUCGAACGGUCGAAGACCAAGAAGACGAUCAACCACCCCCAAUCCAUCCGUAUGCCGCGCAACCCAAAACACCUGUGCAGAGCCCCAACGAGGGCUCGCGAGCAGGUGUCGACUCGUACUCUGUGUCCCGCCGCCGUGAGGGGCUAGAGCCACCACCUCGAGCAAAGGACUCUGCGUAUCCAAGUGCAGAUCCUCCUCCCGCCCCGCCCAAACCACCUGAGCCCAAACCGACACCCAAGAAGGCCGCUCCACCACCCAAGCCCAAGCCACCUCCACCACCACAGCAGUAUGAGAUCAGGAUAAGACAUGCCGUCGAGGCAGGACCCGAGAUCACACUGACUAUAUGGACGAACUGGACUUUCGAUGCUGUUCGGGAAGCCUUGGCCAAGAAGCUUGGAAGGGAUGACAUCCGACGGAAAGCGAGGUUCGUGUUCAAGGCGAGUGCUGGCACAUCGCCAUGGAUCGCCUUCAAGGACCAGGAGACUGUUGGCUGGGCACCAGAUGGCUCCCGUCGCAACGAGCUGAUGAUGCUCGGCUCGCUGCUUAGCCGGCUGCUGGUCGUUGGUGUUGAGCUUGACGACACAGAGCCUGUAGAGACUGCCCUGCCGUUGGACUCCAUGAAGCGACUUCUUCAGGAACUCGAGAACGUCUGUGCGCAGGAUGAUUUGCAAGUGCAGUUGGAGAAAUUGCACGAGCGAGGCGGCAUAGCGUUGCAGCUCGGCAUCACUCAACUCAUGGGACAGGCAGUGCAGAAGGCGACUGAGCUCGUCCUCGGCAGGGCGUGGAAGCUUCAGAGAGUAAUCGAUGCCGUCAAGGUGCACUCAAGUGAUCAGUCUGUCCGAUCGUUGGCAGAAGGUGUUGAAAGGCGACUUCGACUCGAACCGGGGAUGCUCUUCAGUCGUCCUCAGGAUCCGCGGGAUGCUCGCAGCAGUGCGAGCAGGGCGCCGAUGGGUCGCAGUGCCAUGGAGGAGCUGGAUCACGUCGAGUCGAACGAUGAGCCAGCUGGACUGCCAGAGCUCAGCGUCCAACAGGUGAUUGCCAUGCAGCGGGAGCUUCAUGCAGGAUUUGCAGACCCCGCCUUUCAGAGGAGGCUCGACAUCCUGGAGAACUUCCAUGCAAAGGAUCCCAAGCUCAUCCCGAUGAGACAAGAGCUGUUCCUGUCAGUUCAGAGCAAGGUUCUGCCGAAGUAUGGCUUCCAGGGAAGCUUGAAGGGCGUCUUCGACAUGCUGGAAGUCUUCCGCCGACCCGACCUGCAGCACAACGGGGAGUUCGUAUGCAUUGUUUGUGCUAUUCUGCUCCAGGGCUGCCCUGACACAUGCACCACGGACGGCGAGCUGACCGUGUGCUGCCCCAGUGUCUUCUGCAAGAAUGAUAAUGGAUGCUGUCUCGAGGAUCCGCUGAACUUAUGUUCCUCGGAAAGCAAUCAGACAGGUCGUCUUCUUGAAUUCGUCAGGGCAAAGAAGGCGGCCGGCGGAUGUCUGGAAGAGAGGCUAGAAGAACCCAUUGUCAUGAAUGGCAUAAUUGACGAGCCUACGACCACCACCACCUUGAAUGCAAGCUCUCGUUGA